UGAGUCUGCACACACAUGAGUGUAUGUGCACAUGGGAGUGUGCAUAUCUGCAUACACGUGUGUCUGAGUAUUUGUGUGUGGUGACUGUGUGCACAAGUGUUUAAGUGUUUGCACACUUGAGUGUGCAUAUCUGUGAGUUCAUUGUACACCUGUAUGCACAUGUCUGAGUGUUUGAAUGUGCGUACACGGGGUAUUUUUUUAUAUGUGUACUCAUGUGAGAGUGCAUGUUGUCUGUGAGGAUAGUUGUACACCUGUAUGCGUGUGUGUGUCUGUGUUUGCAUUGCAUUAUGUGUAGCUCAGAGGUGUGCACACAGAUGUAAGGAAGUGGGGUCAUUUCCCCAGGAACCCUGACUACCCCCUCUUCCUCCCCACCUCCCGCCAGGGAGAGGCCCAGCUGCAUAAAGAGGGCCCGGAGCCCGGCUUGUCUCUGCCUCUCCAUCCCACACCUGCCCACACUGCCUCCAGGCCUGUUCUAGGAGGGAGGGCCAGAAGAGUUGGGCACUCAGGGGUCUCCUUUCCCAGACUAUCCAGGAGCAGGUACUGGCCUUGGCUGUGGGGAAGGUGGGUGUUGGGAGCAGGUACUGGCCUUGGCUGUGGGGAAGGUGGGUGUUGGGAGCAGGUACUGGCCUUGGCUGUGGGGAAGGUGGGUGUUGGGAGCAGGUACUGGCCUUGGCUGUGGGGAAGGUGGGUGUUGGGAGCAGGUACUGGCCUUGGCUGUGGGGAAGGUGGGUGUUGGGAGGCACAGGGAGUUGGGGUUGUGUGGCCCUCCCCAAAGAGGCUCUUCUCUUGGGCACAGGCCCACCCAGGGAUCAGCUGGCCUGAAAGGGGCAUUGGUCUGGGAUGUGGUGAGUGGCCUAUGGCUGUUCUGAGUGUCACAGUUGCCUCAAUGGACAUGGUUCCAUCUGCACAGGUGCCUGGCCUAAUCCACUCCCCACCCCACCCUCUUACAGCUGGGAUUUCCCCACUAUGACUGCAGAGGACAUGAGGGCACCCAUGAGAGGGAGGAGCAGCCGGAGAGUUGGGCAGCAGCCCCUGGUGCAUCUGGACCAGAGGGAGGGCAUGAAGGAGCCUGGGGGUCCUUUGCAGAGGCAGAGGGACCAGAUUCCCCUGUGAGGGUGUGGGUUGGGGAGGGGUGAGCUGCUGGGAGCCUAGGGGCGCAUGAGGCUGCAGAGUGUGUGGGGGAUGGGAGAUUAGACGGAGUGAGGCACUGGGGAGCUGGGCAAGCUGGGGCCCCCCUCCCGUGCUGGGAAGAGGACUUCAUGCAGCUAGGUACUGCUGGGGGCUGAGGAGGGUGGGGGCCAAGCGUGCGUGAGGGUUGAGGCUGUGCGGCCCCCACACUCUGAGUGAGGCUGGCCUCUGAUUUCUAGGUGACCCCAUGAAGUUGGCUCACCCAGUUGACUCCCUGUGGCUCUCAGGGCCUAGGGUGGGGUUUCCAGAGGUGAGGGAUGGGAGAGGCUUGCACAGAACCAAGCUUUCCUGGGGAGAGCAGGAGGGGCUGGCUGCACUCCAGGCCACUGGGACCUGGGGUUCGCAGGGGUGAGUGGUCCACGGGAGCAGCACAGCCUGUUGUCCAUCUGCAUGGGGUCUGUCCUUUGCCAACCCAGGCCCCGCCUCCCUGUGGGGCACCCCAGGGGCAGAGGCAAGGGGGGGGGCUGUUCCUUCAGUGGAAGGCAGCGGAGCUGCCCUCUGGGGCCCUGGCUCCAGCGCCAGGACUCCUGCCCCAGUGCUCCUCCUGGCCAUGGGUUUAGCUCUAGUCCCCCACCCAGGGUUGAGCUCCCCUUUGAGUCCUCAGGUCCUGCCAACCCACAUCCCCACAUCCCCUCCCGCCCUCCUCUUUCCCACCCCGGGUUGAGCUCUGCUGUGGCCCACAGGUCCCGCUCCCCGCCCCUAUGACCAACAUGAGCUGGAGCUUCCUGACGCGGCUGCUGGAGGAGAUCCACCACCACUCCACGUUCGUGGGGAAGGUGUGGCUCACGGUGCUGGUGGUCUUCCGGAUCGUGCUCACGGCCGUCGGAGGCGAGUCCAUUUACUCGGAUGAGCAGACCAAGUUCACCUGUAACACCAGGCAGCCGGGCUGCGACAAUGUCUGCUAUGACGCCUUCGCGCCCCUGUCCCACGUGCGCUUCUGGGUCUUCCAGAUCGUGGUCAUCUCCACGCCCUCGGUCAUGUACCUGGGCUACGCCGUGCACCGCCUGGCCCGCGCUGCCAAGUACGAGCGCCGCCGUGCCCCGCGCCGCAAGCGCGGGCCCCGCGCGCCCCUACCGCUGCCCCCGUCGUCCCACCCCACCUGGCCCGAGCCCAUCGACCUGGGAGAGGAGGAGCCCAUGCUGAGCCUGGGCGAGGAAGAGGAGGAGCCGGGGGUGGCAGAAGGCCUGGGAGCGGAGGACGAGGUGGAGGAUGCGAGCGCAGCCAAGGGCCUCGGUGCGGACGCCAAGGCGGCGGGGACCCCGAGCCCCAACGGGCCGCAUGACGGGCGGCGGCGUAUCCAGCGCGAGGGCCUGAUGCGCGUGUACGUGGCCCAGCUGGUGGCGCGGGCCGCCUUCGAGGUGGCCUUCCUGGUGGGCCAGUACCUUCUGUACGGCUUUGAGGUGCCGCCUUUCUUCCCGUGCAGCCGCCGGCCCUGCCCGCACGUCGUCGACUGCUUCGUGUCGCGGCCCACGGAGAAGACGGUCUUCCUGCUGGUCAUGUACGUGGUCAGCUGCCUCUGCCUGCUGCUGAACCUCUGCGAGAUGGCGCACCUGGGCCUGGGCAGCGCCAAGGACGCCGUGCGCGCCCGGCGCCCUGCGCCCACCUCUCCCAGCCCCGCACCGCGCCCGCUGCCCUGCCCGCUGCCCGCCCCCGCCGGCCUGGCCUACCCGCCCGACUACAGUCUGGUGGUGCGCGCGCGCGCCCACGACCAAGACCCGCCCAGCCCCGCGCUGCGGACCUUGCGGGACGCGCGCGCGCUCGGGGACCGUGACCGCCCGCCCUGCCCCGGCCUCCCCGCGGCCACCCGGGGGCCCCCCAGGGCCGGCGCCUCCGCUUCCGGGUCAGGCAGUGCCACGUCGGGGGGCACGGGCGGGGACCAGGGCCGGCCGGGCGCCAAACCUAGAGCGGGCUCCGAGAAAGGCAGUGCCAGCAGCAGGGAGGGGAAGGCCACCGUCUGGAUCUGAGGCCCCGCCCCAGUGCUCGGCCCUCCCUUCACGCCGGCAUGGGCUGGGGACUCUGGGAUGAAGCUGGGUACUGGCCGCGCUGGACACAGAGCAUCACCUGCCGUCUCCUCCUCCUCUUCCCCCCUCCUCCUUCUCCUCGACUGGCCGCCCUCUCCCUUGGGAAGGGCACCGUCUGCUCUGUAGCGCUACCCCUUCCCACCUGAACCCUCUCUCUGUCCGGGAUAAGAGGGGAGGAUGGACCUGGCAACCACAAGAGUCCCCAGUUCUGGUUCGUAAACCCUGAGGAGUGGGCUGGACUGUGGCUGGGGCACUGCCCCCACCACCACCCCCAUCGGCCCCUCCAGAGCCACCUUGAGCCUUCCCCAGAGCCAAUCCUUCCCUCAGAGCUUCUCUGGGACCCAGCCAGCGCCUCAGGACGUCUCUGAACAGAAGGUCCGGCCUCUUCCCUGCUCCCCGGCAGCAGCCCAGAUAUGACUCCCAGAGGUGUCUGGCCUGGGCGUUCGGGGUACAAUGCUGUCCCCACUCCCUGCAGCAGCCAAUGUGGCUCCUUUCCCAGCCACCCGCCUCCCACCCACAUGCUGCUCCUGCAGAACGGAAGCAAUUUGAGUCUUCUUCCUACAGUAGGGGAAACCGAGGCAGCCCGGGACUGCGCCUCCUUCCUCCUUGGCCCUCUGGGCACCAGCUCAUAAGCUGCCGGUCCUCCUCCCCUGAGUGUGGGGCGGGCCUGCAUCCUGCCCCGGGUCCCUGCCCGGAAGAUGGGAGUGGAUUCGGCCACGCCCCCUAGAGCUUCCUGGCUGGCUGGCUGGGGCCUUCCACUGGGAGGUCAGUCUGCCUUGCUACUGAGACCAACAGGGUGGUGGCCAAGAGCUGAGGCUUUGGCCGUGUUGGGGGAAGGGGCUUAGGGCCUCCUGCCCAGGGCCUCCCAGCCCUGCAGCCCCUUCCUAAUUCAGACACAGCCUCCCAAAUAAAAAUCUAACUUUUGUUUAUAA